GCGAGCGCAAGUCCAUCGGCCUCCAGUCACAGCCAAUCACUGACGGGCACCACACGAUUGUGUACUUCGUUAUCAACAAAAACUACAUUGAUUAUUAUAAUAAUUACAAUUCGAAAUCAAACAAAACAGUGAAUUUUCAAGGAAACAUCGUCGCAUUUAUCAAAUUGAUAAAUUAACCGAUUAGCUUCGUUACUGUGCCCAAUUUUAUUGAAAUAGAAUAUAAUGGUUCCAGAUCCUGACAAACGACAAGUUAGCUUCCCUAAGCUUUUAUAUCCACUAUACAAAAAUAAAGAACCUACAACUGCUCAGCAAUGGAUAUCUGCAAAGCAGGAAAUCGACGGCGCUGAAGGUCUGUGGAGAAUAUAUGAUAAUAUUUAUGAUUUGACUGAUUUCGUUUCGUCACAUCCAGGCGGUUCACAGUGGCUUGAAUUUACGAAGGGAACGGAUAUUACAGAGGCUUUUGAAACACACCACAUAAAUAGCGCCGUAGCUGAGGCUCUGCUGCCAAAAUAUUUUAUAAAGAGAGCGGAAUCACCCAGGAAUUCACCGUUCACAUUCAAAGAGGAUGGAUUUUAUAAGACUCUGAAACUUAAAAUCGCUGCAAAACUUAAAGAAUUACCACACGACGUGAGAAGAAAAAGUGAUAAUGUCACAGAUUUUCUCUUUGCAUGUUUGUUGAUCCUAAGCCCACUUUGUUGCUGGCUUUGGACAAAGAAUUUAAUAUAUGGAGCGGCCUCGACCGUGAUUCUUGGCUUUAUACUGAGUGGGCUCACUACAUGUGCCCACAACUAUUUUCAUAGGUCGGAUAGUUGGCGCAUGUACCUCUUAAACUUUAGUGGAUUUUUCUACACGGAUUUUCGGAUAUCUCACUCUUUAUCACACCACCUGCACACCAACACAGCAAAUGAUUUGGAGCUGAGUAUCUUUCUGCCAUUCUUGCAUUAUUUACCGAGAGUGGACAAGCCCAUGUGGGCACAAAUGGGAGCAUUCUUCUACCCCGUCAUAUUUGCAUUCACUAGUUUGGGUUUUAUGGUGAAACACUUUGCAAAUGUCUUCAAGAACUCAGAUAAUAAACGUCUUACAUGGGACAAUAUGAUACCAUUUCUAUUACCUGUAUGGAUGUGGUUGUUAAGUGGAGUAUCGCUGCCCUGGGUCAUCAUAGUAUGGCUGGCGACAAUGAUGAUCUCAAGUUUCUUCUUCGUUGGGAUUGGACUGACAGCUGGACAUCACGCGCACAUUAACUUCUUUGAGGGUGACGUACCGAGGGACGAAUCCUUAGAUUGGGGUAUUCAUCAAAUGGAUACCAUAGUUGAAAGGAUCGAGAACAUGGAAGACCACUUCAAAUCAAUCACGCGUUUCGGGGAUCAUGCUCUACAUCAUCUCUUUCCGACGUUGGAUCACGCGGAGCUAAAAUAUUUAUAUCCCACUCUAUUGGAACACUGUGAAAAAUUCGAUACUCAACUCCGGAUGACGACGUUUUAUAACGCGCUGAUAAGCCACAGCAAACAGCUUAUAAGAAAGUGGCCGAAUGAUUUCAAAAAUAGUAAAUGUACCAAAUAAAUUCAUUGCUAAAAAUAUUAAAAACAAGAUUCGUAUCUCGAGCAGAUUCAAUUUGAGGGUUGAGGCAACAAACUAAGGCUGUUCAAACAAUAUUUCAGAGAUCUUUGACUCAAGAGAAUUUUCACAAAUAAUAUACUGAAAGAUCAAAAGAUAUUUGAUUGUCUGUCUCAACUAAUACACGGUUAAGUUGUGGCUCUUUCCAUCGCAACAGUAAAUAGAUAAAAUAUGGCGAAAGGAAAUGGGUUUUCUAAUAAUAUCAAAAUUCAUCGGAGAGGGAAAUGUUUUUUUAAAGUACGCACACUAUGUAUUUUAAUUACUUACUAUAUAAUUGGUGAGAAUCGGCCUGAUGAUUUACGUGACUAAUGCAUGAAAAUUAGGGCGUAACUUUUUAUUAGUAAGACGAUAAUAAUAGUUAAUUUAAUUUAAUUUAAUUACUAUAAUAUGAGGUUUUACGGCUAUUUGUUUCUUUAGAGUCUAGUCAAUGCAAAGCUGUGUACCUACAACACAUAGGCAGUUCCCCUGAUACUGCAAAUUUUCAUGGGUGGCCUGCUCGUUUGCUCACUAUUUAUAACUAGAGGAUGCCCGCGGAUUCGCCCGCGUGGAUUUCGGUUUUUUUAAAUUCCG